AUUACUCAACCCAUGCGCUCAACAAUCAACGACCCACACCUCCGAACAUACAUCUCCGACUAUACAUAUCCGGGGUCCAUUCCGCCGUUAUUCUUGCUUCCAUUGCGCUUCAACAAUCUAGUGACGCGAAGUCAGCACCCGUACUUCAAAACAAAAAAAAAAUGUCAGAGGAGAUAAAAUUUUCGGCAUUCCCGAAAUUUAACGAUUUGCCUAUCGAAUUGCGCCAUAGCGUCUGGGAGCUAGCUAUCCCGGACGAUACCCCGGAGAUAUGUAUCCCGUGGCCGUUGGAGGAGGAGCCAGUACGCUGGCCACACGACCACGUCGGCCAUGUUAGGUCGACAAACUAUCUACAGCCAUUUCUUGUGGACACGUGCUUCCCUACUCUUAUGCAUGUGUGCCAGGAGUCGCGUUACCUGGCGAUAUCCCGGUUGCGAUUUCGAUACUCACACAUAGCGGGUUGUCCCGUGCCAUUCCGCGCUUUUCGCCCCGACCUGGAUAUCGUCUACAUAACCCUUUGCCGGCCUCCUACUGAUAUCAACGCAGUGCCUAGGUGGGGCAGAUAUCCUCGUGGCACGCAGCAUAUAGCAUUAGACUUGCAUACCAUCAAGGACGGCAGUUUCCUCUGGAUUCUGCUCAGCGAUCCGUCCUUGGACCUGCGGACCAUGUCUUGCAUACUUCCCGCGUCUGAAGCCAUCCUAGACACGGCAGUUCGGUUUCGGCCUCCGGUGCGACGGUGUCGGCUCCGCGACGUUGGGAGACCUUCCAAUGGUUCGGAGAACAAUAUCAUCUAUGUGGACCGCGGUUAUGAUAGGCGCAUGACCGGGAUGGCUCGCUACCUGGAGGAGGUACGAGACACGGUGAGCACCGAGUUCGCCGAAGUCCUCGAAAUCCAGGAGGUGCCAGAGCAGUACUUGCGCCGAUGGAAUGAUGCCGAGGUCAGGUUCGAUAUCGAACUUCUCGCGAGGACGUUCGAAGAGUAUCGGGGUGGGCGCUGGGUACCUAGCUCAGAACACCCCGUCGGGUUCGAUUGCCAGUCCAUCAUAUUCCCCGCCUCGUGGCAAGCACUCGAUAGUGCUAGAACCUACCAGGUCAGCGAGCUGGAGAGAUGGACACCUUUGAGAAAUCCCGAGACGUUUCGCGUCAACGAUAUCCAACAGAACGAGGUACCCUUUGAAUGAUCUUGGAGAGAAGUUGUAUAGAAUUACCAUUUUGUUUAUCACUACAUAAAGUAUAUAGAAUCGUACUAAUAGACUACACUAUGUAUGUUACAAGGGUCAGAUGUCCUAUACGGAGUUUAGCCCCGGCCCCGAAUGAGAGAAAUGCCAUCCUUGAAAUGCCAAGAGAGAGAAACUUGACUAGCAUGAAUCUCUCAAGGCCGAUAGCCCCAGUCAAUUCAAUGAUCUAGCCCCGUCUCAACCCUGCCGUGCAAGCUACAAACUCCGCAUAGCUACCUCCUCAAUUAAAUAGCAAGCCACUAUGGACCCCCUAUAUAAUAAGUUUGAUUGGACAAACUAAUAAGAGGUAUCCCAUAAGGAGAAUAUACUAGAACUUUUCAUCAAACUUCGUUGGCAGCAGGUUGGCUACCAUUUUAUGAAUGCCCACAUGGCAUAUACUAUUCCGAGAGACGUUGCAUCCGGGAAGGCUGAGAUUAUCUUGACUCUAACGGGAUCUUGCCGUUGUGAUUUCAUCUAUGAUGUUACCUACCUAGCUAUAGCGUAUCGUCAUCAUUAUUCCUUCAAGGUAAACUCCAUAUAGGUACCUAGGUAU